GUGGCCAGAGCACCGCACGUUCGGGAAGACUCCAGACUACUCCGCCGCCGGGGCACGGUCCCUCUCGGCGACGCCACGACCGACGAGAGGGAGCCGGGUCUCCACCUCCACUUCUCCUUAUAAAAGGAGAGGAAGAGCCCGUCAGAGGGCUCUACUGAUCUCACCUGAAGCAGUUCCUUCCCGUUCGUCUUGCAGCAGCAACAACAGCACCGGCGGUGGUAGCGGAGAUUCUCAAGCGGAACUGAGAUGGCGAGUGACGGGGGGCCCGACUGGAACGGCCUGCUCAAGUGGAGCCUCGCCCACGCCGACGGCACCGCCCCGCCGCGCGUUCUCAGUGAGGAAGACAAGAAAUGGUUCAUGGAGGCGAUGCAAACGAACACAGUCGAUGUCGUCAAGAGGAUGAAGGAGAUCACUCGGGUGAUGAAAACUCCAGAAGAUGUCUUGCAGUCGCAGGGCGUAACUCCAGAGAACAUUGAAGAUAUGUUGGAUGAGUUACAAGAGCAUGUGGAAUCCAUCGACAUGGCAAACGAUCUACAUUCCAUUGGUGGGUUAGACCCUCUACUUGGUUACCUGAAAAAUUCACAUGCUGGCAUCCGAGCAAAGGCAGCGGAAGUUGUGAGUACUAUUGUGCAGAAUAAUCCCAAGAGCCAGCAACUUGUCAUGGAAUCUAAUGGACUGGAGCCACUAUUGACAAACUUCAGUUCUGAUCCGAAUACAAAUGCACGCACAAAAGCUCUAGGAGCAAUCUCUUCUUUGAUUCGUCAUAACCAGCCUGGAAUUUCUGCAUUUCGCCUGGGGAAUGGCUAUGCUGGAUUGAAAAAUGCACUUGGUUCUGAUGAUGCUAGACUUCAGAGGAAAGCUCUCAAUCUCAUACAGUACCUGCUGCACAACAACAAGGCAGAUAGGACCGUAGCUACGGAGCUUGGUCUUCCAAAGCUAAUGAUUCAUCUCGCGUCCAGUGAUGAUUCCUUAGUCCGUGAGGCAGCGUUAGGCGGUCUUCUUGAGUUGGCACAGGACAAGACAUCUGAUGCCGGUAACGCUCUAUCCGACCAAGACAAACUGAAAGAAGUCCUCAGGAGCCGGAUUGAAGGGAUCAACAUGAUGGAUGCCGACGAUCUCCAUGCUGCUCGCGAGGAACGACAGCUGGUGGAUUCACUCUGGAAUGAGUGCUACAACGAGCCGUCGUCCCUCAGGGAGAAGGGCCUCGUGGUGCUUCCUGGAGAGGAUGCACCCCAACAACCGCCACCAGAUGUCGCGGGAAAGAUGUUUGAGCCGCCUCUUCGCACAUGGGCUGCAGCAAGACCUGCUCCGAAAGACGAUUCUGAUUCCGGCAGCGGGAAGAAGGAUCCGCCGUUGCUUCUAGGCCCUGGACCGUCUUCCAAUACCAAUUCCAGUUCUUAGACUUGGCUGCCGUUGUGGACGGCUGAAAGGAGCAGACCUGAAUACCUGAUAGAAGUCUGUUAUUUCCCGCACAACCCUAUAACAUAUUGUACGUUCGUAGUUGUAUUCUGCUGAUAUGCUCUGCAUUUUGAUUUUAGAGUUUGCUUGCACGAGGCGGAUAAAUAUUUGUAUUUUUUGAUGCUCGUGAAUUAAUGCAACUUAUAUCUUUUU